ACCAUCAUUUUGAUUAUAAAUAAAAAGUUGCUAAAGUGGAAGAAAAUCCAUGGCUUGCAAAUGCAUUAGAAAACUUGUGGUAGUGAUGAUGGAGUUGCUUAUCUUGUUUUUCCUAAAAGUGCAAGCUAAUAACCUUGCCCAUACCUCUUUUCGUCCCUCUUCACAUCCCAUCCAGCUUUCUUAUUUCUCUAAACUUUAUAAAGUUCAAAAUAAUAUCCUUGCACCUACCUCUUUUUCUCCCUCUCCAUUGCCCAUCCUCUAUCAUCACUCCACUGAACUUGAUGAAGUUCAAGAAACCAUGCGCACAUGCGUUGACAAGAAAAUGAGAGUUUGUGAAGAAACACAUCCAUAUGACACCAUGAAAUUUAAAUCUUGUAUAGUUAUUGGUCAUAUUGAUUGCUUGCUUAAACAUCCCCAUAUAUCGCCUCUGAAAUAUUAUUUAUGCGCAGUUGAUUGCUUUGAGCAUCCAACAGUUAUGAUGUCAUGUAUCAAAGAAUGUCAUGAAAAGCAUUUGAAGGACCAAGAUGUCGUUUCUGCACAGAAUCCCAAGCAUAAGAUGAUGAGUUAAGGAACUAGACUAGAGGGUUGUAAGUAUUUCUAAAAUACUUAAUCAUAGCUUUUUAUAAUGUCAUGAUCAUGGAUUUGUUUAUUUGGUUGUGCAUGUGAUUUUACAUAUUUUAUAUUUCUAAUUAAACUGCUUAAUAACGAGCUUGUAGGCAAAGGGGGUUAUAGGCCAGUGGUGGGACCAUCAGAUCCCGGUUGAACCUAAUAAAUAACCUGACGCUGGGACCUUUGGCUUCCAGUAACAAACAACUAAGCGUUAAGUGAGGGGACGGUAAUCCCUGGUGAACUCGCUAACGUCGGACCUAUGGAUUCACGAACGAGUGGAGUGUAAGAAAGAUUAUUAUAAUUAAGACACUGCAUUAAAACUGUCACGUUACUGCUUUAUCUUUAUGUUUAUAUUCUCUUCAUGCCUGCAGAACAUGAAUUGGAUAUACAUAUAAUCAUAGAGUUACAUAUUCAUUGUGUUGCAUUUCAUAAAUAAGUGCAUAUUCAUUAUAUUAAUAUUGAAAGCAGUAGACUGACCCAUAUAUUUAUAUAUGGGCGGUAGUCCAUUAUACAGGUACAAAGGUUAUUAAAAUAAAUUAUUGGAUUAUGUUAGCAUCGAAGAGUUAAAGCUUUUAUUUAUGUAACUGAUGAUUCUCAUGUAUUGUUUGUAUUCUUUUGGAAAGUUGUAUACUUAGAGGAAUACUUGUAUUUGAUAGAUUUUUCAUGUAUGUUUUUAGUGUCAUCUGGGACACUUAUUUCAAUGUAUAGUUGAACGAUUUUAGAAUGAAUGUCUAGUAGUGUUUCAAUCAGCUCAAUGUGUUAUGAUUCCUAAAUUGUAAA